AUCUCGAGUUAUGAAGUCACCUGUACUUUAGCCCCGAACGUAUCAGCAGAACAGGUGCCUCAGAAUAUAGUGAUGCGUUUAGGGGGCGUCGAACAUUUAAAAGUGUGAUGUUUUUUGUGUUAAUUGCUCAAAUGGGAAAUAAAAGAAAUGAGCGAUUUGGCAACAAUAAUGGCAAAAAUAAGUUUAAGGGGUUAGGUAAGCGGCUUUGACGUGACGUUUUUUUUUUUUUUUUCGACCUUUCACCAGACCCCGCCCUCCCUCCCCCCGUCGCGGGUGUCAACCACCGGGUUCAGAGUUCUCAGAGCUCAGUCGUCAGUCUCCUCCGAGGAGGUGUCUCAGUUCUCCUCUGUACGCUCAGUGUUUGCUCUUCCAAGGAUGUCUCCGUCCACGUCCCCCCGCGUCUUCACGGAGAGGGAGGUGGCCCGCCACUGCACCAAGGACUCCUGCUGGGUGCUGCUGGGGACCCGGGUGUACGACGUCACCGCCUUCCUGCGGAUGCACCCGGGCGGGGAGGCGCUGAUCCGCAGCCGCUCUGGGAAAGACAUAAGCCGGGUGAUGGAGGGGCCCCCGCACCGGCACUCGGAGAACGCGCGGCGGUGGAUGGAGCAGUACUACAUCGGGGAGUUGGACCGGGAGAGCGGCGCGCACGAGGCACAGGUUCUGAGGGAGAGGAAGACAGCCAGCGAACAGCCAGAUGAGAAGACGGCGCAAAAAGUGAAGAUGGUGGAAGAGAUUUCUCCUUACAGCAAAUGCAGUUCUGUGGACCUGGACAAGGAUUUGGUCGACUGGCGGAAACCUCUGGCGUGGCAGGUGGGUCACCUGGGAGAAAAGUACGACGCGUGGGUGCAUCAGCCUGUUGACAGACCUAUCAGACUGUUUGGAAAUCCACUGCUGGAGGCCGGCACCAAAACGUCCUGGUACUGGGUCCCGGUGGUGUGGCUCCCGCUUGUGUUCUAUGUCAGCUGGCAUUGCUACACCACGAUGGCACAGGGCACCUCCAGGGUGUUCCUAACUUCAGACUUCUCCAUCCCGAUCCAUAAGUACUCAUUCCCCGUGUUUUUCUUGAUGGGCUGGUUCUUGUGGUCGUUCAUCGAGUACUGCAUCCAUCGCUUCGUCUUCCACAUGAAACCGCCAGCUCACAAUUACUACCUCAUCACGAUACACUUCCUCCUGCACGGACAGCAUCACAAGUCUCCAUUCGACGGCGCUCGGCUCGUCUUCCCCCCCGGCCUGGCUUCUAUAGUGGUGGGGGCGUUCUACGCCAUCCUCCACCAGCUGCUCCCGGACAUCAUCGGCUUGUCCGUGUUUGUGGGCGGUCUGUGCGGCUACGUGGUGUACGACAUGAUCCACUACUACCUUCACUACGGCUCUCCAAAGAAAGGCUCAUACCUGUACGACCUGAAGGCGUACCACGUCAAACAUCACUUUGAGCACCAGCGAUCAGGAUUCGGAAUCACCACCACGUUCUGGGACCAUCCCUUCAACACAGUCAUCCCUGAUGAGAAGUUUUAAUGUAUAAAAGGGCUCUCUCUGGAAGAGCCUCGAGACUCGUCAACGACCCUCUUCAUAAUGCAGACCCCGCCUCCCCAGCACCACCCCGCCACCUAAACUUGAAAGCAGGGCUCAUCCAUCCUCACAUUAACCAGCAGCUCCUUCUCCUGCAGCUUCCAGCGUUUACUCGCUGUCGUCAUUUCAGCUCCGCUUUAAUGAUGCUCAGCAACUUAGCCCCUCCCCCGUCUGCGUGGAGCAGAGGAAAAAAAAAUCUGCACACAGCAAACAAGUGAUAGAUGGCAGAAGGAUGUGGAAGACUGUCGGAGAAAGUGAUAAAGGAGUCUGAUUGUCAAACCCCCCCCAAAACACCCCAUCAGAGGAUCCAACUCAGGAAAGAGCGUCUCCCACUUGCUCCGCCCCUUUCUAAAGGUUUCUCUUUUUUUAAAGUUCUCCAGCUGCUGUGGGUUCCUUCCAGACGUUUUCACUCUUCUAUAGUUUCUAUUUCCUGUGAACACAAGUUUGGAUCAGAUAUUUGUACCAGAUUCAUUCCAAAGUCGAGCUUUAACUUAUUGAACACGAGCGCCGCUGCAGCAGUGACAGUGGAUGUACGUCAAAUCGAGCUCCGAGUGUUUGAUUCCAGUGUGCACAUUUACGUCUCUCUCUGAUGGACUUUGUUUUCCUCCUCUUCUUUUAUGACUCAACAAAGAUGUAAAAAAAACAAAAAUAUAUAUAAUCUUGAUGUUGUGACUGUGUCGGUGAAUGGAUGCAGUAUGAGUGGAUUUGAAUGGAUGUUAUGGUCACGGAGAGGCAGAGCUGAAAGUAUGAAGCCAGGGAGGUCUGACAUCCGGUUUAUGGGGGGUCUGAAGGUCGAAGAUCUUAUCCAAAUUUGACCAUAAGAGCAUCAAUUUGAGAUGGACAGAACUGUGGUGAGACCACUGGUGUCAGAAGUGGACUUUUUUUUAUUUAAGAAAUCAAUGUGACACUUACAGGCACACUAGAGACACCUAGUGGUCGUCACUGGUACUGACACUCUUCUUUACAUUGAAAAAGUCAGAACCAGAAUUACAACCAGUCCCAUCUUCGUCCUGGUCUUUGGCCCCGCCCUCCCCUGUAGAGGAUGACGAUUUAAGCAUCUGACUCGACAGCAGGACGUCUCGGCCAAAAACUGGCGGAUCUUCAGCAUGCCUCCUCCAAACGCCUGACAAGAGAGCUAUACAAGAAGCAGAACAAACUUAACUGGAAACCUUUAUCACGCAUAGCAAAAGUAUGAUAAAGGUUUUAGUGAAACAGUGCAAAAAAGUUAAUUAAUAAAGGAAGCACGUCCCCUUUUUUUCUUUUUCAAGGAUUUACAGAUUUAAAGAUUAUUUUACAAGAACCUGGAAUGAGGUUGAGACAAAGGCCGAUUUUAUUUUAGAGGUCCAAAACUAACCAAAAACACAAGAUGAUCCAUUAAUGGAAAACAGCACAACCUUUCCAGGACUUUUUAAACGUAUUUUACUGAAGAACAGCAUUGAAAAUUUAGAUAAUUAUUUCCAAAAACCAAAAAAAAGGAUGUCACUGUUUUCAUCCCCUUUUAGUCCUAACUUUUAACCACAAUCAAAUGAUCGUUUCUCUCGUCUUAAUUUAUUAAAACCUGAGGAUUUAAAGGGGCUGUGCUUGUAUAAUGACUCCAUUAAAAACAAAAGAAAAGAAAAAGUAAAAAAAAUCACUUUCUAUCAACUUUCCUAGCUUUAAAAACGAUUCUUGCUUGUAAAUUGAGACUAUUUCCUCCAGAUUUGGUGCAGCAAUAACAUGAUGUCUCACUGCGUAGGUGAAAGAGGGUCUGUUAGGAGGCGUUUUUUUUUUGUUUUUUUUACCCAGUUGGCUUUCAGGGAUGAGCUCGAACUGAUUCAGCACCUAAACGUGUCAUGCCGUCUUCAGAUAACCUUAGAUUUAAACCGCUACAUGAUGCUGCUCACAGUGAUGAUAGAAACAAAUGUUUCAGGUUCUGAAAAGAAUAAUUUAAUUUCUCACAGAGAUUUCUCUCGUUUUAAAGAACCUAUAAAUAUAUUUUUUUGUAAUAUUUGUAAUGAUUUUGAAAAACAAAAAGCAAACUAAUGAGAAGUGUAAUAAUAUGACAUGAUCGUAGUUCCACCUUUUCAAGUAUAAUACGUGCAGAUUCUAUUUAUGUAUAUUUAUGUGAUAAAGAUGAAAACAGCAGCUUGUAAGAUUGGAUUCUCACACUUCCACUUUUGUGCUGAAAUAUUCUGAAUAGAAGAUUAUUUUUCAUAAAUCUGUUUUCUUUUAUGUCAUAACUUUUAUUUUGAAAUUUUAAUUUUUGUGCAAAUGCAAAAGCUGUUUGUAAAUAAAAGUCUGUAUGUUUCUGAUGA